UUAUCGGCGCGUCGCUGCGAGGAGUACCACCGCACAGCGCAUCCGCACAUCGUCUGGAGUUCUUGUUAGGAUUGAUGCACCGCCGCCGCGCUCUCUGCUCUGAAGCAAGAGACCAGCGGAGCAGAUGCAAAUCCUCUCACGCUCGAUUCUUCGUCUCUUCCGACGCCCUAACCUAACGGUGCCUACUCUCCAGCCCCCAAUGCACCGUCUCUCCCCUCCCUUGCGGUCUCUCCUCUCCUCGACGCCCUCUGCUCCGCCUCGCUGGUGGCCACCAGCGCUUGCGCGACGAUGUGCUCCAUUACUUACGGAGGCACCCAAUCGACCUGCCCGUCGUGUUUCCCGCAGUGGAGUAAAAGGCGAGGAGUUGCGUAAACUAGACAGUCGUCGCCUCAUCCCUUCUGCCAACGACCCUAUCCGUACCACCAAUAUUGAAGAGAAUAGGGCCCCAAUGAAGGAGUUCAUUGCUCGUUAUGGAGAUGGCCGUCCUGCCAAUGGUGAAGAAGAUGGGGGAAGGGCAAGCAUGGAUGUCUUUAGCAGGCUUGAAGAUAGUUGUAGGACAACCGUGGAGGCCACUGAUGGCAAACGAGAUGCAGAAAGUUGCAAUGGCUGCCCCAGAUAUGGCGAAGAAGACGCGAGCUGUGAAACUGAGGUCAGUGACGGCGAACAAUAUGCCAGCUUGGCAGACGAGGAGGAUGCAUCUUGUUACCAAGAUGGCUGCCCUGCAGACUUUGUAAGGCCUAUGGUCGUACUUGAACUUAGUAGUCACCGUGAUGGUUCUAUAUACAGGAACACUCGGUACUGGGAAGAGUAUCGUGUUGCAGAUCGUAAUGAGACUCGGUUGGAGUCAAUGAUGAACUCGGAUCCCAAAGAUUGCAUUCUGGAUCAUGGAAGUUGCAUACGGCAUGCACCAAGUCGCAUGCUGCAAAUUAUCUCAUUAAAGUUGGCUAAAAUUCAUGUGGGCGGUGGCUCAGUGGAUGCAUAUGGGUACAUAGCAGUUCGGGAUCUUUUGGAUCCAUUGCUUAAUUAUGUUGUCAAUUUUAGCAGGGAUGAUCCGAUCAACCUGGAACAGGGUUCCCUUAUCGAAAUGACUGGUCCUAAACGAGGGAUUGAAUUGUAUGGCGCAACUCUUAUUGAAUAUGACAUGAGGAUCAAGACAGAAGAUCAAGAAAACGAUGAUCUACAGCUGAUUGAUGGUCUCUCACUGAUUAACGACAGAAGUGCAUCAUGUCACGCAUUCACAGAACGCAUUCAUGGUGAUUGUGGCGCAGUUGACAUAACUGUAUCACGUCUUGACCAUGCAGUUGAGGCAACGGUACAAGUUGUCAUAUCAGAAGUGCCGAGUAAUUUUGAUUUGUGCAUUGGUUGUUUUAGUAGUGGGUUACAUGAAGAAAUUAGGCUCUUUCAUGGCGCCAUUUGCGAGCCACGUGCCUUAAGGAGGCAUGUGGUUGCAGUAGUGAUGGGUACAUGGAUGCAUUUGAAGGUCAAGGUAGGUUCACUUGAACAUUGUUGUUCCUUCUACGCGGUCAAUCAUGGAUGUUCCAGUCAACAAAUAAAGAUCGAGUCUGCCUCAAUCUUGGUGAAGGUGACUUGGUCGACUUUGCCUUUCUAAAUUGAUUCGUUGUGUUUUAGUUUUGAUGACUCAACCGAAACUACUAUACUAAGUCAAUGUUUAUACUGUUU